GCCUCUCCUUGGCGAUUGCGACCAUGUCACGCACGCACCUUCAGAUUUUGGUAGGUUUCAUUAAGUACCUCAAGCCAAUUGGCGCUGCGCACUAUCCUCGUCUUUUCUUAUGAUCCACAAUCUUUAUCUACUUUCGCCAAUGGGACAGGCGUCUUCCAUCGCCGGUGCUUCGUCGGAGCUGAAUCCUUACGAAAUUUCUGAUGGCGAUCGAUUUAACUUUCGUUCUUGGCUCGCCGACGUGGGGGAGGACUCAGAUACAAAUGCUGAAUUUGUCGAGAACUCAACGGGAGGCCGCGACUACACUGCCGGUCUCCCCGACGAUUGCUUGGCUGGUAUCUUCCAUUUUCUUGGCUCCGGUGAUCGCAAAAGAUGCUCCCUUGUGUGCCGACGCUGGCUGCGCGUCGAUGGCCAAAGCCGUCAUCGACUGUCCCUCAAUGCUCAAGAAGGAUUGCAGGAUUUUGUUCCUUCCCUGUUUGAUCGAUUCAAUCUUGUCACGAAACUUGCCCUGCGAUGCGACCGCAGGUCCGCCAGCAUAAGCGAUGACGUUUUGAUGCUGAUCUCGCUUCGAUGCAAGAACCUCACCCGUCUCAAGCUCCGCGGAUGCCGGGAGAUCUCCGAAAUUGGAAUGGCCGGCCUCGCUAAGAACUGCAAGGCCUUGAGGAAGCUCUCUUGUGGGUCUUGUAUGUUUGGUACGAAGGGCAUGAACGCCGUUAUCGAUCAUUGCGCGGCUCUUGAGGAGCUCUCCGUCAAGCGGCUUCGUGGGGUCCACGAUAGCGCGGCGGUUAGGCCCGGUGCCGCAGCCUCCUCGUUGAAAUCUAUAUGCUUGAAGGAGCUUGUUAAUGGCCAAAGCUUCGCACCCCUAAUAGUGGGUUCGAAAAAGCUUCGGAGUUUGAAGCUGAUUGGGUGUUUGGGCGAUUGGGAUAGUACUCUGGAAACGGUAGGAAACUCAAACAGUGAUUUAAUUGAGGUUCAUCUCGAGAAGAUUCAGGUUAGCGAUGUCGGUCUUUCAGGGAUAUCCAAUUGUUUGAACUUGGAGACGCUACACAUUGUGAAAACUCCCGAGUGUUCCAAUCUGGGGCUCUCCUGUGUUGCUGAGCGAUGCAGGUUAUUGAGAAAGCUUCACAUUGAUGGAUGGAGGACUAAUAACAUCGGAGAUGAUGGUUUGAUAUCUAUAGCUAAACACUGCCCUAACCUGCAAGAACUUGUGUUGAUUUGCAUUUAUCCCGCGUCUUUGAGCUUAACGGCAAUAGCUUCCAACUGCAAAAAUUUGGAAAGGCUGGCUCUCUGUGGAAUUGGCAGCAUUGGUGAUGCGGAGAUUGAAAGCAUAGCUACCAAGUGCGUUGCUCUUAAGAAACUAUGCAUUAAAGGAUGUCCGAUUACUAAUGCAGGGAUCGAAGCUCUUGCAUUGGGUUGUCCAAAUUUGGUUAAAAUUAAGGUUAAAAAGUGCAAAAAGGUCACCGGUGGGAUUGCAAAGUGGCUGCGGGAACGGAGGGGUUCCUUGGCGUUUAGUUUUGACGAGAUUGAACCUGAGAUGUUGGAUGGGAAUGCAAGCGAUGGAGGAGCUCAGGAAAAUGGAAUUGCGAAUCCACCGAUAAUGAGGGAAGAAAACGUGGCUGAUGAAGCAUCAUCAAGUGGUAAUAACAACCGACUGGCAAUGCUGAGAACCAAGUUUGGAUUUUUGGCCGGAAGAAAUAUAGUGCCCUGUGCCUUAAGAAGGUGGGUAAAUGGGGAUAACGUCUCUGAUAGCAGCUUUUCAUGAUCAUUAGAGGAGUGCCCAAAUACGAUGCUGACCUGUUCACAAUAUGUGAGUUGAGUCUUAGAAUAUUUUAUUAGCAGGAUCAUUCCUUGGUCAACGUUUUUAUGACUUUGGGCUUAAAUUCCGUCAUGUAUACUUCUGUCGGGACAGUUCUUUGCGUUGAGGAUUAGUAUGAACAUGGAAAUCGCAUACUCGACGUGAUGAAUGGGCUUUUAUUGUAGGCUGAAA